CCCUCACACUCUCACACCCUCAGUAUUUGAUUACCAGGAGACUUUGAUUAAGAAUUUAAGAAUGGGGUUGCUACUAUAGAUUGUAGUUUUACCUAGGGUUAGGGUUAGGGGUUUUGUAGGGGUUGGAGACUUGGAGUGGCCAUGGCGGAGCAGGUCAAGUUGUUCGUUGGUGGAGUUUCCGGCGCCAUCACCGAAGGGCUGCUGAGGGACUACUUCAGCAAGUACGGUACUGUUGUGGAGACUUACAUUAGAAGGGAUUCUGGGAGAACGCCUAGAGGGGGCUUUGGAUUUGUUACUUUUGCUGACGCUGCUUCCCUCAGUAGAGCUCUCCAGGAUCAGCAGCAGCAUUUUAUACAAGGACAAAGGGUCGAAGUGAAAAGGGCGAUGAACAAAGGUCAGAGAAAUUUAGAUGGUAGUGGCAAUAAUAAUUUUACGUCGAAAAAGAUCUUUGUUGGAGGGCUGUCAUCUAAUCUAACAGAGGAAGAAUUCAAGAAUUACUUUGAGAGGUUUGGUAGAAUUACGGAUGUAGUUGUGAUGCACGAUAGCGCUACUCGCCGCCCGAGGGGAUUUGGGUUCAUUACUUUUGAGUCUGAGGAAUCCGUUGAGCAUGUUAUGCAGAAUAACUUCUAUGAGUUAAAUGGAAAGCGUGUGGAGGUGAAGAGAGCCGUGCCAAAAGAAGCAAACAACAAUAAUAAAAAUGGUUAUAAUAUGAGGAUGGGUGGUGGAAGAGGGUCUUCCUUUCCUCUGCAUGGGCAGAACUUGCCUUAUGCUCCUGCUCCUGGAUAUGAGAUUUUUCCAGGUUAUUUUCCUUAUUCAGGAUAUGGCUGUAUUGAAAAUUAUUGUUAUGCUGCAACUAGCAUGUAUCCUGGUGGUUACUUUAUGGGAGAGAAUGCUGGAAUUGACUAUGGAAGGACACCUUUUCAGCACCCUUGGAAUGGCCCUGGAUCUCUUGGCAGUGCUAUCAUGUAUCCUCCAUACUCAAGUGGUAGGAACAUGGUUGCUGGUUCGUCUAAUGGGCUUGUAGGGCCAAGAACAAGCUCUAGAUCACAAGCUGAUGCGACCCCAACCCCAUCUCAGAAUGACUCUUCCUUGGAGGAUGCUAAUGGUAACUUCAAUCCUCCCUCUUUGGCCCUGAACAAUUCAGUUGGGGGAAAGUUGGGUAUAGUUUGCAAUGGUGAAGCUCCUAAUUCGGCUGGGGAGAACUCUGGACCUCAUUCUUUGAAGGAUGAUGGUGCUGUUUCUUCACCUUUGAAAGAAGAUGGUUCAAAUAUGGUUUGCAAUGGUGAAGCUCCUACUUCGGCUGGGGAGAACUCUGGACCUCAUUCUUUGAAGGAUGAUGGUGCUGUUUCUUCACCUUUGAAAGAAGAUGGUUCUGAAUUUUCUUCGCAUUUGAAGGUUGAUUGUGCUGCAUCUCCUUCAGAUUCAAAGGAUGAUGGUACUGUUUCUCCUUCAGAUUCCUUUGAUGGUGCUGCUCCUCCAGAUACGAAGGAUGAUGGUGUGGCUUCUUCUUCAGAUUCGCACGACAAUGGUUCUACUUGUAGCUUGAAUACAAGCACUGAUAAUUUGAAGUGCAAUGGUGCUGCUUCUAAUUCUAGUUACGACAUACAAAAUCAAAAUGAUAUUGAUGAACAACUUAAGCCUUCCCCUGAUUGUGAUUCUAGCUGACACUCUACAUUGAGAGAUUGGUGAGUAUCAUACUGACAGGGUUAGGACUGCUCCUUUACAUUAUUGGUUCUGUUUCCUGACCAUAAACAUUCUUGCUUUGUUAUCUUAGGUUUCAAUAAUUUAUCCAUACAGGAUUUGUCUUGUGUAAUAUAAUUGUUUCUAAAUUCAAAACUACAUCAUAUUUUUCCCCUAUCUGCAAGGUCCUACGAUAAUGGCACAUGGUGUUGCAGCCAAAGCUUUGGUUUCAAGGUUCAUUCACAAUAUGAUCUUUCAUUGGUAUUCACCGUCAACUAUAUUUAAAAGCAUAUUUCAAUGUAUUCCCACUUUGAGUUACCUUGAUCUAUUUAUUUGUCUGGUAGGUAUUAUAGAUUGCCAAAACAAUGUAGUAUUAAAGCAGAGCUCUUGUUCUUGUUAAAUGAAUUUGGGUGAUCUUCUGUGAGCUAAUAAUUUUUAGCAUUGCCCCAAAUUUUAUACCGUCACUUGAAAGUAAAAAAAAUUGAGCAUCCCAGAAAGAGGAUCUAUCUGUAAGACCCUUCGCAAUGCUCUCCUAGUGAUGGACUCUUUUUGUUUUUUCA